UGGAAGCCAUUUUGGGAUUCUAGUGAGUCAAGCUCGUAACUUUUGUCUCUUCCCACGAAGAUUUUGGAACCUCUUAGGUGCUUUUGGAUCUGAUUUUUUUAUUUUAUUUUAUUUUUUAUAUAAACAUAUUUAUUUUAUUUAUUUUAUUCUUUAUAUAUCAGUCGAUAUGGUGCACACACUUUGCGCAUCCUUGGACUGGAUUGUCAUUUCUCAACUGGACUACCUUCAAAACAACAUUAGAUUAUAGACACUGAUGGUCAAACUGCGUGCUCAACGAAUUGCGAUGGAUUUUUCACAUCUGCACACAUAUACUCCUCCGCACUGUACUCCGGAUAACACUGGCUAUACCUAUUCACUCAGCUCGAGUUAUUCAUCCGCGGCCCUUGAGUUCGAGAAAGAGCACAAGAUCAAUCCUGUGUACGACUCGCCCAGAAUGUCACGCCGGAGUUUAAGACUACACACCACUACUGGUUUCUAUGGUGACAACAGCUUCACGGAAAUGACGCCGAAUCACAACUUGAGCUCUUACAAGCGUACCAGCAGAAGCAGCUCGAGCGUCAGCAGGUCUGUUCGUAGCAGACGGCAGCAGCAGGAAUCAUCCAUGUACGAGUCUCAGAAUGUGACUCAAACUCCUCAGAAAGAUCAGAUGGCAUCAGACAUGAGCUUCAUCAGUUCAGUCAGUGAUGCGUCUCUGAUCUCCAGUCUGCUGGAUCAGUCCACGCUCAGACAGAGCUCCACUACACACACUUUCUCUGCACAGAGGAGGAGAACUGACCAGAGCUCAGUGUUGGGGAAUGGAGACAUUAGUAAAAUGGAGGCCCAUAGUAAUGUGGUGAAUGGCUACAUCUGUAAGGACUGCUCCUUCAACGCAGACAGGACGGAGACAGAAACGGCAUGUUCUUUAGCGUACUCUCCAUCCGUAUCCUCGGCAGUCCAUCAGACAGAUGCAGACAUCGCUCUUACCACCUCUCUGAACAGAGUUGAUAAGACAGCUCAUGACAGUUACUGUGGCAGUAUGAAUGUGAGCGAUCUGGUGACUGCAGACAGCCAUCUCAAUCUCAAUGGAUCGCUCUGUGAUGACUGUAAAGGGAUGCAGAACAUGGAAAUGCACAAGGAACACAAACACAUUUCCUUCACCCGCCACGUAUUCACAGUAUUGUGGGCCCUUAUUUCUUACACAGGUUACGGUCUGCUGCGAGUUUGCCGAGGUUUUGGUUCAGCUGCUGCAUUUAUGGCUCAGAAGCUGAAGUCCAUUCUGUGGUUGGCCUUGUUGUCUCCAGGUGAUGACUGUAAAGGGAAGCAGCACGUGGAAAUACACACAGAACACAAACACAUUUCCUACAUCUGCCGCAUAUUCACAGCACUGUGGGCCCUUGUUUCUUACACAGGUUACGGUCUGCUGCAGGUUUGCCAAGGGUUUGGUUCAGCAGCUGCGUUUGUGACUCGGAAACUGAAGUCCCUUCUGUGGUUGGCUGUGUUGUCUCCAGGGAAAGCAGCAACCGGUGCCUUUUGGUGGCUGGGAACAGGAUGGUAUCAGCUGGUAGCUCUCAUGUCUCUUCUCAACGUUUUUCUCCUCACCAGGUGUUUGCCCAAACUACUGAAGCUACUUUUGUUUCUUCUACCCUUCCUUCUGCUGUUUGGAUUAUGGUACCUCAGUCCGAGUAUUCUGUCCUGCCUUCCAUCUGUAAACAUCACAGAAUGGAAGACACUGGUCACCUCUAUAACAUCAAUUCCUGCUCUCCCUUCUCUUCCUUCCUUGCCCUCUUUACCUGCACUACCCUCAUUGAUGACAGAACAACUCGUUAAAGAGCAACACAUCCCACCUACAGCCAUCUCACAGCCUGCAUCAGAGUCUAUAUACAGCGAACGUUUGGCUCUGCUGGAGGAGCGAAUGGCGGUGUUAUGGGAGAGUGUCCAGAAGGGGGAGCUGAAAGCAAAACAGCAUCAUCAGGAGGCUUUGGGUUUGGUUCAAGCUCUUCAGGAGCAGAUAAAAACUCAAACAGACAGAGAAACUCUCAGCCUCUGGGUUUCACACCUGCUCGAACCCAAAUUCACUGAGAUAAAGGGGGAGAUGGAGAGAGAGGUGUCCAGCAGGGCAGAGACGGAGAAACGGCAUGUUCAGCAUCAGACAGUUCUAGAAUCUCGACUAACUGAGCUGGAACUCCUGCUGCAGAACCUGAACUCUAGAACAGAGGAAAUCCAUAAUAAACAGCAGAUUCCUCUACCAGCCCAUGUCAGUGUUGGAGUGUCUCAAGAGAAGCAUGAUGUUUUGCUCUCUGAGGUUCAGAGGUUUGAAGCUGAGCUUGGGCGCAUCAGAGAAGACUUACAAGGGCUGAUGGGAUGUCAGGGGAAAUGUGACAGAUUCGACACCAUACAUGAAACUGUGUCAGCACAGGUGAGGGAUGAACUGUACGCUCUGUUUUACGGUCGAAACCGAGGUGAAGCGGAGAUCCCAGAGCCUCUGAUGCCGUGGCUGGCCUCUCAGUACACUCGCUCCUCUGACCUCACCGCAAUGCUCACAUCCCUGGAGCGCAGCAUUCUGGGAAACCUGUCCGUUCAGCUGCAGGAGAGCAAACAGUCCUAUGCUCAAACUGUCACUGAGACAGUCGCCCACACCACAGGGGCUGCUGGGUUGUCAGAGGAGCAAGUCCAGCUGAUUGUCCAGCGUGCUUUGAAGCUGUAUUCGGAGGAUCGCACAGGACAGGUGGACUACGCUUUGGAGUCUGGAGGUGGCAGUAUUCUCAGCACACGCUGUUCUGAAACGUACGAAACAAAAACAGCUUUGAUGAGCCUGUUUGGACUUCCACUGUGGUAUUUCUCACAGUCGCCACGAGUUGUCAUCCAGCCGGACAUGUACCCAGGCAACUGCUGGGCGUUUAAAGGCUCCCAAGGUUACCUGGUGAUCAGGCUCUCUUUGAGUGUGCUCCCUACUGCCUUCUGUCUGGAACAUAUUUCCAAAUCACUCUCUCCAUCCGGAAACAUCAGCAGCGCACCGCGCCGAUUCACUGUCCACGGAUUGGAUGAUGAAUACCAGGAUGAAGGGAAACUUCUGGGUGACUACACCUAUGAAGAAGAUGGAGAGUCAUUGCAGAUGUUCCCAGUCAUGGAAAAGAAUGACAAGGCAUUUCAGAUCAUCGAGAUGAGAGUUCUGUCCAACUGGGGUCAUCCUGAAUACACCUGCCUGUACCGCUUCAGAGUUCACGGCAAUCCACACACUCAGUAAUCAGGCCCCACUUUACAUUAUUAUAUAUCCCUUUAUGUACAUAGAGGAAAUGCUUGGACUAAGAUGCGGCACAGAGAAACUGGACUUAUGAGCUACAUUUUUAAAACUUUAAUAGGAUAUGAUGGCCGAAACAGAGUUACGAGGAGCACAGCAGGAAAGAGCAUUGAAUUUACGCUAAGGAUUUCCACUUAUUCCUUUCACACUUCCUUGUUCUUGCACUGAUUCUGCGCAUUUGGCUCCUGUCCUCAUUGGCUCUCAUCCGUAGAGGUUUCUGUGCCUUCAGACAGAACAUGCUUCACUUAUUCGAUGUAUAUUUUUUUUUUUUUUUUUAUUUCUAAAUGUUCAGAUCCUCAAGCCACACUAAUGUAAGUCUCAAAGUGUGGCUUGAAUUGAGUUACGCCAAGACUUUCACUCUCAUCCACUGGUCUCUGCCACUUUAACUAGAUGUUAACUAGUCUGUAAGAAAAGUGGUGACCAGCUGUAAGAUGGGAUUGUUGUUGUUUUUAAACCUUUAUAACCACUAAACGAGUGGAUCUCACAAAACCAUGGACGCGUCAUAUUUCACCCCCCCCCCCCCCAAAAAUGUGUUGUUUAAAGUAAAGUCCUGUUUUAGAUUUUUUUGCAUUGUGAAAUUACUUUCAAGUCAUUUGCAUUACUGUAAUGUGAAUGGGUUUAAAUUGUAAAGUUUUUAUACAUAGUUUUUUUUGUACUGCCUUUAAUUCAUACACAUUAUUAUAUUACUGUAUUUUUAUUUUAUUGGAAUACACUUUUUUUUUUUUUUUUUUUUUUAUGCAAAAUUGUUUCAGUCACAAUGCAAACAAUCUAAAAUGGUCCUAAAAAUAGGCUUAAUAUUUUUUUUUUUUUCAUGCAUAGUAUGAUUUCCCGUCAUACUGUGCAUGGGGGGGGGGGGGGCCUGAAAUGUGACCUAGAUGUGAUUUUGUCAGAUUCACCCAAACUGGCACUUCAUAUCAUUUUUUUUUUUUUUUUUUUGUACAUUAGAAAUAAACGCAUAACAGCCAUACAUUGUAAGAGACACUAAUUUGAACAUUCAAAUUGUAUUUCGACAGAAGGGAAUGGAUUUCUAUGGACUGUUUGUGAGCACAUGGACUAAUUUGUGUAGAUUUUCAACAAAACUGGACACAAAACACGUCACUCGUUAGUAGACAUAUCACAGUGCCGUGUUGAUACUCUGCAGGAAUGUAACAUAUUGUAACUAGUCAUUUUGAUUUGACUUACAUCAGUGUUGAUUUUGCAAAACAGGGUGCACCCUGCGGUCAUUAUUAUUGUGUUUUUGUUUAAAGUAGACGAUGCACUUGAUAAAGGACGUGUAUGUUGCACAAGUCCUAUGGAAUUCAUUGGAUAAUUUUAAAAAGGCAGUGCUUCAUUUAUAGAGCUGCUUUGUCGAACUCAGAGUCAGUUUGUAAAAUACUAUUUGUUCAUAACUAUUUAUUUGACAGAAAUUUAGUUAAGAAAUAGGACUUUGUGCAGUGUUUUUGUAAAAUGCUUUUCAGUGCAUAUCGGUCUGUUUAUAUGAUUUUAGUUUUCUUUUUUGUUUCUGUUAUAAAUGGCUACAGUACUAUGAAUUGUACCAGUAAAGAAUUAUAAUUUUGAGGUUAUUUGUAAGAUUUCUUAUUAAAGCUUCAGUUUAAAAACACUGAAAUGCAGCUUUUGUAAAUGAGUGGUUAAAGGGAAAGUUCACCAAAACAUUUUAAUUCCGUCAUCAUUUACUCACCCCACUAUUCAAGCUCGGUGUGACGUGUAGCGACGUGCCAUAUUUAAAAAAAACAAAAACAUUUUUAAAAAGCUAGAUUUGAGAGUUGUGGCGGAGGAUACUGUAUCAGUUGGGCUUUAAAAGACUUGGAAUAUAGUUCACGAGGUAAAUGGACUACAUUCAUGGUGCUUUUUUUGUCAUUUUUAGAGUGUCCCUUUUGGUUUUCACGUGGAAAAUGAAGUUCUAGUUUUGAAAUGACUUGACGUCGAGUGAAAAUGGCAGAAUUUUCAUAUUUCGGUGAACUAUUCCAUCAAAUGCGUCUGGUUUGUAUGGCAAACUAAAAUAAUUGUGCACUUGGGCUAUCAAAAGGUGAAUUUCACAUACAGUGGCAAGAAAAAGUAUGUGAACCCUUUGGAAUUAGCUGGUUUUCUGCAUUAAUUGCUCAAAAUGUGAUCUCAUCUUCAUCAAAUUAACAAGUAUAGACAAACACUAUGCUUAAGCUAACAACACACAGACAAUUAUAAUCUUAUGUCUUUAUUGAACAUCUGAUUAAACAGUCACAGUGCUGUGGAAAAAGUGAAUCCCUAGGCUAAAGACGUCAACAAAAAAAGCUUAUUGGAGUCAGGAGUUGGCAAACCUGUCAUCCAGUUAAUGAAACUAGAUUGGAGGUGUGGGUUAGAGCUUCUUUGACUUAUAAAAGCACUCAAACAUUUUGCGUUUGCUAUUCACAAGAAGCAUCUGCUGAUGUGGACCAUGCCUCGCAAAAACAAAGAUCUAAGAAGACCUACGAUCAAGAAUUGUUGCUUUGCAUAAUUUUGUAACCCUUUCCAGUUUUAUCUCGAAGAGCUUCGAUAUUCAUCUGUCCAGUUAAAAAUAAUUUUCAAUAAAUGGAGACGAUUUAGUACUGUGGCUGCUUUUCCUAGAAGUGUCUGUACAGCCAAGAUGACUCGGAGCACACCGCAGAAUGCUCAAUGAGGUAAAAAAAAAAAAAAAAUUGCUAAAGACUUGAAGGAAACAUUAGAACUGUUUAACAUCUGUUCAGGAGUCUACCAUAUGGAAAACAUUAAACAGGCAUGGUGUCCAUGGCAGGACACCACUAAGAAAGCCGCUGCUUUUCAACAAAAACAUUGCUGCGCACGUAAAGUCUGCCAAAGACAACCUUGACACUCCACAACACUACUGGGAAAAUGUUUUGUGGACUGAUGAAACUAAGCUUGAAUUGUUUGGGAAGAACACGCAGCACUAUUUAUGGUGUAAAAAGGGGCACUGCAUACCAACAUGAAAACAUCACAAUGGUGGAGGAAGCAUCAUGAUUGGGGCUGCUUCGGGGCCUGCAACGCUUGCCAUCAUUGAGGGAAAAAUUAAUUCCCAGGUUUAUCAAGAUAUCUUGCAGGAUAAUGUCAGGGUUGUUGUCUGCCAGCUGAAGCUCAGUAGAAGUUGGGUGAUGAAGCAGGACAAUGACCCUAAACAAAGUAGAUCCACUACAGAAUGGCUUCAAAAAAACAAACAAAAAAAAAUCCACCUUUUGGAGUGGCCCAGUCAGAGCCCAGACCUUAACCCAAUAGAGAUGCUGCAGAAUGACCUUAAUAGAGCCGUUCACACCAGACAUCCUAAGAAUAUGGCUGAGCUGAAGCAGUUGGAGGAAUGGUCCAAAAUUCCUUCAGAACGUUGUGCAGGUCUAAUCCGCAGCUACCGGAAAUGACUGGUUAAGGUUAUUGCUGCCAAAGGAGGAUUGACCAGUUAUUAAUCCAAGGGUUCUCUUACUUUUUCCACAGCACUGUGAAUGUUUAAUGGGAUGUUUAAUACACGGACAGAUAGACAGACGGACCGUUACACAGACAGACAGACAGAACGUUACACAGAUAGAUACACAGACGGACCGUUACACAAACAGAACAUUACACAGACGGAACGUUACACAGACAGAUAGACAGACAGAACGUUACACAGAGAGACCUUUACACAGACAGAUAGACAGACCGUUACACGGACAGACAGACAGACGGACAGACCGUUACACGGACAGACAGACGGACGGACAGACCGUUACACGGACAGACAGACAGACGGACGGACAGACCGUUACACGGACGGACAGACCGUUACACAGACAGAUAGACAGACGGACGGACAGUUACACAGACGGACCGUUACAUAGACAGAUAGACAGACGGACCGUUACACAGACAGAUAGACAGACGGACAGACCGUUACACAGACAGAAUGUUACAUAGACAGAUAGACAGACGGACCGAUAGACAGAACGUUACACAGACGGACCGUUACACAGACAGAUACGCAGACGGACCGUUACACAGACAGAUAGACAGACGGACAGACCAUUACACAGACAGAAUGUUACAUAGACAGAUAGACAGACGGACCGAUAGACAGAACGUUACACAGACGGACCGUUACACAGACAGAUACGCAGACGGACCGUUACACAGACGGACCGUUACACAGAUAGAUACACAGACGGACCGUUACACAGAUAGAUACACAGACAGACUGUUACACAGACAGAACGUUACACAGAUAGAUACGCAGACGGACCGUUACACAGACAGAACGUUACACAGAUAGAUACGCAGACGGACCGUUACACAGAUACGCAGACGGACCGUUACACAGACGGACCGUUACACAGAUAGAUGCACAGACGGACCGUUACACAGAUAGAUACACAGACGGACCGUUACACAGACGGACCGUUACACGGACGGAACGUUACACAGAUAGAUACACAGACGGACCGUUACACAGACGGACCGUUACACAGACGGACCGUUACACAGACGGACCGUUACACAGAUAGAUACACAGACGGACCGUUACACAGACGGACCGUUACACAGACGGACCGUUACACAGAUAGAUACGCAGACGGACCGUUACACAGACGGACCGUUACACAGAUAGAUACGCAGACGGACCGUUACACAGAUAGAUACGCAGACGGACCGUUACACAGAUAGAUACGCAGACGGACCGUUACACAGAUAGAUACGCAGACGGACCGUUACACAGAUAGAUACGCAGACGGACCGUUACACAGAUAGAUACGCAGACGGACCGUUACACAGAUAGAUACGCAGACGGACCGUUACACAGAUAGAUGCGCAGACGGACCGUUACACAGAUAGAUGCGCAGACGGACCGUUACACAGAUACGCAGACGGACCGUUACACAGACAGAUAGACGGACGGACCGUUACACAGACAGAUAGACGGACGGACCGUUACACAGACCGUUACACAGACAGACAGAUGGACGGACCGUUACAGAUAGAUAGACUGAAGAUUAUAAUUGUGUGUUGAUAGGUUAAGCACAUUGUGUUUGUCAAUACAUUGAUAAAGAUGAGAUCACAUUUUAUGACCAAUUAAUACAGAAAACCAGCUAAUUCCAAAGGGUUCACAUACUUAUUCUUGCCACUGUACUUGUUAACUGCUUUAAGUUUGGCCCAGUGUUUUAAUUUCUGAACUGUUCACAUGUCAAAAUCUGCUAUAGGCAGACAACAGAGACAUGUUUAGUGUUUAAUAAGGUGUUUUUUUCCUGUCCACUAGCAAGCAACUGGCCAAAAAGUAGCCAAUGAUAUAGCAAUAUCUGCUCCGUGUCUCCUUAUUGCUGUUUGGAGGACUGCAGUCUAGCUCGUCCCUGUAAGGCCGAAACAUUUUUAAGCACAUUUUGUAUGUGAUGGUUGCAAAAGUGAUGCACAUUUCUACCUUAAUAAACAAUUAUUUCAAAACA